AGGAGAGCACAGGGAACGAAUCCAGCUUCCUUCUCUGUGCAGCGGGUCGGACUCCUCCAGCCUCACCAAGCACCGAUAAAAUGUCAGGCAAAGGCACUGUGGUUCUUGCCUACAGCGGAGGCCUGGACACAUCCUGUAUCCUGGUGUGGCUGAAAGAACAAGGCUAUGAUGUUAUUGCCUACCUGGCCAACAUUGGACAGAAGGAGGACUUUGAAGAGGCCAGGAAGAAGGCAUUGAAACUUGGAGCUAAAAAGGUUUUCAUUGAAGACAUCAGUAAGGAAUUUGUGGAGGAGUUCAUCUGGCCAGCUGUCCAGUCCAGUGCCUUGUAUGAAGAUCGGUACCUCUUGGGCACCUCCCUUGCUAGACCCUGCAUUGCCCGCAAACAGGUGGAAAUUGCCCGCCGAGAAGGUGCCAAGUAUGUGUCCCAUGGAGCUACAGGAAAGGGGAAUGACCAGAUCCGGUUUGAGCUCACCUGCUAUUCCUUGGCUCCUCAAAUUAAGGUCAUCGCUCCCUGGAGGAUGCCCGAGUUCUAUAACAGGUUCAAAGGACGCAACGACCUGAUGGAGUAUGCCAAGAACCAAGCACCACCUGGCCUCUACACAAAGACCCAGGACCCUGCAAAGACUCCCAACAGCCCUGAUGUUUUAGAGAUUCAGUUCAAGAAAGGUGUUCCCGUGCAGGUGACCAAUGUUAAAGAUGGCAUAUCCCACCGUACCUCCUUGGAACUCUUUCUCUACCUGAAUGAAAUUGCGGGUAAACAUGGAGUUGGCCGAAUUGACAUCGUGGAGAACCGCUUCAUUGGGAUGAAGUCCAGAGGUAUCUACGAGACCCCAGCGGGAACGAUCCUCUACCAUGCUCAUUUAGACAUUGAGGCUUUCACCAUGGAUCGAGAAGUGCGUAAAAUCAAACAGGGCCUAGGCUUGAAAUUCUCCGAAUUGGUGUACAAUGGUUUCUGGCAUAGUCCAGAGUGUGAGUUCAUUCGCCACUGCAUUGCUAAAUCCCAAGAAGGGGUUGAGGGCAAGGUCCAAGUGUCUGUCUUCAAAGGGCAGGUCUACAUCCUCGGCCGAGAGUCUCCCCAGUCACUGUACAAUGAAGAGCUGCCGUUGAGUGACAGCGUCACAGGGACCAGCGAGGAAGCCGCGAGAGGCAGUGGAGGCUCGAAAUGCCGCAGCACAGUGGCCACCAUAUCAUGUCGGGACAACACCAAUGGAGGAAGUCACGACCUGUGGCUGUGCAAAGAUGUUCCCGCUUUCCCUGGACCUCCCCAAGAAGGGGCAUUCCCGGGACAGUCCUCCAAUCCAGAAGAGCUUCCUCGCCGGGGUGACCACCUGCAGACCUCCCCACCCCCGCCUUGUUCCGGUCCGACCGAGGUCACGUGCCUUGACCCCGCCCACCGUCCGAGCUCCCAUCCAGCCGAGGCCCCCGGCUUCCUUUCCGGCGGAAGUGAAGCGACUUUCCCUUUCCGGCUACGGGUCCCCAAGCGGAGCAAGAGGCAGGAUUGGGGAGCCGAGUGGCGGCGGCGGCGGUGGCGGUGGCGGCGGCGGCGGCGGCGGCUGUAA